CAUAACCAUCAAAGUGAAAACCGACCGAAAAACGAUACAAAAGGGUUGUAUUUGGACCUUGGUUAUUAUACAUUUAUACCGGUGAAUCGUAAUUACUGAAUUCAGUCCACUGGUGAGCUGCGAAAAUCCCUCUUCUUCCUCCUGAUCCUGCACAAUCGCUCCCUGUUGCAAUUAAGUCAAUCGAAUCCCAAACAACUCAAUUAGAUGGCAGCAAAUGCAUCAGUUGAAGAGCCGAUUCCCACCUCGGCGGUGUUAAUGGCAUCAUCAAAACAUAUAGGAUUUAGAUGCCGCGAUGAAAAUGUCGCCUUUUUGAAGUGCAAGAAGAAAGACCCUAACCCUGAGAAAUGCCUUGAUAAGGGUCAACAAGUCACCCGUUGUGUUUUUUCCUUGCUGAGAGAUCUUCACCAGAAGUGCACAAAAGAGAUGGACGAAUACAGCCAUUGCAUGUACUAUCACACAAAUGAAUUUGAUCUAUGUCGCAAAGAGCAGGAAGCGUUUGAGAAAGCAUGUCCUCUGGAAUGAUCAGAGACCAGUAUCAACUAGAUCAUUUUCUCGUCAGUCAAGCCGAUUCUUGCUUUAAAUCUCUGUUAAUCAUAAAAAAGUCGAUGUAUCUCGAGAAGUGCAGAAUGAAUAAUUUUGUGCUUUUUUUUAAACACGAGGAUAUCAGUAUCAUUUGAGUUAUAUGUUGAUCAUGGAGGUGGUUGGUGUUAUCCCCCAUUUGAAGCUGAAUACAAAUUUUAUUUUUGAA